GGGUGACUGCGGUGCGCUAAGAAUUCGUGAUCGACUUGAGCUCAGCCAGUCCGCACUUAAAACGGCAGACAAUCGCUUGGUUUCUCCGUCGAAGUACCCGUGAUAUUUUGUAGUCGAUCGCGAGUUUGAACGUUGUUAACGUUAGUUGUUUGGUGUGUGUCGCCGUCGAAUUUUGUACAAGAUAUUUGUGACAUUGUGAUAUUAUUGGUUAUGUGAAUGGGUAUUAGGCGUUAUGAGUCAAAUUUGGUAUUUUAGAUGAGGAAAAACUGAUUUGUUAAUUUUUGAGAUUCCACAAUGAUGGACUCACAGACGAUGUUAGUGCUGUCGCUGCAGCUAGUGGCGUUAUUUUCCAUAGCAGGAGCACUGUUACUGUACCUGUUGUGCAAAAUUCGUGCUAACGAGUCGAUUUCAUCGGAAGCGUCGACGGGAGGAGGAAAACCAAUACUGGUUACAUGCUGCGAUAACGUUAUCGGCUUGCAGAUUGCGCUGCACCUCGCUAAUUUAGGCUUUCGGGUCUUCGCCGGCCUGAAGAGCGGCGCGUCAUCGGGAUCCGCCGAAGACUCGGUAUCGGCCAAAGUUAUUCGAGCUUGGCAGAAACAUAGGGAGAGUGUCCAAGGUCCAGGCACCAUUGUAGCCUUUCCGUUAGAUGUUACACGAGAAGAUCUUCUACACGAAUCGGUGGACAUCAUCAGGGCCCAUUUACCGGCAGGAAAAGAUGGGAUAUGGGCUGUAAUUUGCACCAACGGGUUGACGUACCGCGGGUCUCUGAUGCACCAGGAUAUCGCGCACUGGGAUGCGAUCCUUAAAACGAAUAUCGUAGGUGUGCUCCGCACCGCCAGGACAUACCAGAACUUACUAAAAAAUACAAAUGGGAGGAUUAUUACCAUCGGAACGACGGAUAACAUGGGCGAAGGUUUGGUCGCCUAUGCAGCCAGUAGAUACGCUGUCGAAGGCGCAAGUAACGCACUGAGGCAAGAGUUGGCGCCUUUCGGAAUUAAAGUCGUCACUGUAAAUCCGAUGGGGAUUCUUCCCGAAUUACUUUUUUGUCAGCCGAAACCCGCUAAAAGGGCGGAUUCGGAUGACGUGUCUGUGGACAUAAAUGGAUCGAUGGACUAUCAACCGAUAGUUUUGUCCGAACGAGCCUUGGAAAUAUUAGAUGUGGCGCUGACUACGAAGGACCCGAGAAACAAUUAUACUCUGGAAUAUAAGUACAGAUGGUCUAAACCUCUGAACCUUUGGAAAAUUGUAUAAAACCGUCGUCAGUCAUCUCGUUUUUUCGAUCAAACUAUCUUAAAUUUUCGGUUUCAAUGUAUCUCUAAAUCACCUGCAUAUUAAACAUUUGUUUUAUUGCACGAAAAUUUAAAUUAUACUUGUAUUCGAAAAGAAUCCGUUCCACAUAAUCCCUACUAUUUGGGACGCGUAUAGCCAGUUCUUACAUUGUAUGUUCUGUACCUGUUAACAUUAAAAAAGUGUUAUUUUA